CACAACAAGCUGUCAUAGGAAAAUUCUAAUAAGUCGCACAAAGCUUCUUCCGUGCGGAGAAAUGAUUUCGUCUCUCUGCCAAAAAAUCCGAACAAUUUAGCAGUAACCUUGAGCCACGGGGUGAAAAUGGUGCAAUAUUCGUUAAUUGUUCUGAUUUUGGCCUUCUACGGCGCCUGUGGAAUUGGAUACGACCGAUAUGAGUUAGUGCGGUCCGGAAUUUGCCACGAGCGCCGGAACUCGCUACUCUCGCAAAUCGAAUCGUUUAUUGAUCCGAAAAAGCAAGUCAAAACAAUGAUCGACUUUGCUAGCGGAUCAGUUUACGAGCAAAGUUGGAACUCGUCUUCCUUCAAGCGCUACAGCGAAUGUAAAUUCACAAUUCAGCCCAACCCCGGCUAUGGUCUGUAUCUAAGCAUCCGCAAGAUGAACUUGCGGAGAGACGAGAAAGGCAACUGCAUCGAUUAUGUUUCGGUGAAGCAAAGCAACAACCGAAAGACCAAGUUCUGCUACACGCCAAAGGACGUGCCAAGAAGCUUUUCGGACCCAAACUACUUAAAGAUCACGAUAAAGCUGGACCACUCCGCCACGCUGCCGGUGGCGGACGACCCGCUCCAUAUACAGAUGGUGGCCACCCUUCAUACGGAGUGCACGGGGAAGAAGAAUCAACUGCAGUGUGAACGCCACGUACUACACUCCUGCAUACACCGAUCGUUCGUGAACGAUGGUACAAUCAACUGUCCGAACUGCAUCGACGAGCCAAGCUGUGACCUAGAGCCGGUGGAAAUAUUUGUCGCGAGCAACACAAGGGAGAAACUAGUGCUUACCGGAUUCGUGUCCCUGUUUGCGACGGCCUUCUUAUUUUGCACCUGUUUUCUGUGCCUUUACAAAAGCCGACAGUGUGCACAGACGUGCGGCAGCAGCACCAGCAACAGCAGCAACAGCCUUGGCAGUGCUACCCGAGGCAAUGCUGCUACCCGUGCUGGUGGCCGAGGUCGAGCACACCACGGUCGGGGCAAUGUUGUCGCUGGCGUACACUCGGUCGAGCUGCGUGGCUCAUCGAACGACCUUCGACCGUCCGCACCGGCUUUAGAGGAAAAGGAUCUACCGCCCAGCUACGACGCUCUGUUUCCUACCACCGCAGUUGCCUCCAGCACUUCGACUGGGCCUACGACCGUCUCGACUGCCACCUCGCCCACCAUACCGAAAGCCGGCGUGGACCGGGAAGUGGUAGACCCAACGAAGUAAUACUAGCAUCCUGCCACAUUUGCAGACGUCCGCAUUUCGUUGCACUGUUGAAUGUAUAUAAGCUUUAACGUACGUUUCUGAUAGCAUUAUUUUACUCGUAAGGCGAACAAG